AUGCCAAAAAUAGGAAGACCAGUACUUUUCCCUUCAAAAUCACGGGUUAGCAUUCAAAAUGAAUCAGAAGGUUCCGUUCAACUGGGAAGGAGAUAUAUGGAGAGGGGAAGAGAGGUACUAACUUGGGAAUUUGAAGUUUGUGACCAAGCGAGCACCGUACAGGGAGAUGAGAACAUUGUUGUUGCAGAAGCUGCCAGCAUUGAUGAGAUAAACAACCAUACUCAGCUCAAUGGAUUGAAAAUUCAAUGGACAAGAACUCCGAUAGAGAGUUUGUACAAAGAAUCCAGGAAGAUAAAGCACGAAUUACAGUGGAAUCCAUUGGUCCCUCUAUCUGAUGCUAAAGCUGUUUGUGUUUGA